GGCGGACUUUUAGUUUAAAAUUAAUUCUUAUAAUGUCAGAUGACGACGAUAUACAGUAUAUCAAACGACAGCGCACAUUGCACUAUGGCUCGCUUGAAGAGCAAGAGCAAAAACGUCAGGCCGCGGCUGCCGCGUCUGCAACAACAAUAAUGCCGGCAGCAUCAACGACUCCGGGCCAGUUGGAAGAUAUUGAUUCUGACGAAGACUAUGAGGAAUGUAAUAAAAAAAGUAAUACAAAAAGUGGUCUGCCCCCACCAACUGCUACGACGCUCGCAAACAAGAUCGACGAUGACUACUUCGAUCUCGAAGGCGAAAUGGAAAGGGACAAAGUGGCGCUCCUCGAGGAAUUUGAGCGCAAGAAGCGUGCACGACAAAUUAACGUUUCAACAGAUGACGCCGAGAUAAAGCGUAAUUUGCGCCAGCUAAAUGAACCGAUUUGCUUUUUUGGUGAAGGACCCGCAGAGCGUCGCCGCCGUCUUAAGGAGCUGCUUGCAAGUCUCGGUGAGAAUGCCAUAAAACAGAAGCAAACUGAAGAGGAGGAGCGCAAACUACAGCAAAAAGAACAGGAGGCAACCUGGUAUCACGAAGGCCCGGAAACGCUGCGUGUGGCACGGCUUUGGCUUGCCAGCUACUCGUUGCCUCGUGCACGAGAUCGUCUGGAACGCGCACGGGCCGCACUUGAAGUGCCGAGUGCGACACGCGCUGGCCGCAUGGUAGAAAUGCAGAAAAGGCUUCAGUCAUUGGCGCCGCUAUGUUCCCAAGUUGGAGACACUCGGCCAGUAAGCAGUGCUGCCUUCAGCGAUGACUCUGCGUUACUCCUAACUGGCUCUUGGUCGGGUCUGUGUAAGUUAUGGAGUGUGCCUAAUUGUGAGCUCAAACAAACACUUCGUGGUCAUGGCAGCUAUGUGGGCGGAGUUGCCCUGCGUCCUGGUGUGACGCAAGAUGAGCAGAAUGUAGUAGCAAUGGCCUCGGGCGGACAUGAUGGCAUUGUCAAGCUAUGGGGUUUUAACAACGAGGAAUCUAUAGCUGAUAUCACUGGACAUAUGCCGCAUCGCGUCUCUAAAGUAGCCUUUCAUCCUUCAGGUCGAUUUCUGGCAACUGCGUGCUAUGACUCCUCGUGGCGACUAUGGGAUCUAGAACAAAAAACCGAGGUGCUCCAUCAGGAAGGGCACGCCAAACCUGUGCAUUGUCUAAGUUAUCAAAACGAUGGCAGUGUUAUUGUAACUGGUGGGCUAGAUGCGUUCGGGCGCGUAUGGGAUCUUCGCACCGGAAGGUGCAUUAUGUUUCUUGAAGGACACCUUGGUGCCAUUUUUGGCGUAGACUUUUCACCGAAUGGCUUUCACAUUGCCACAGGCUCGCAAGAUAAUACUUGCAAAAUUUGGGACUUGCGCCGUCGGCAGCCCAUCUAUACCAUACCCGCGCAUACUAAUCUAAUUUCGGAUGUUAAAUAUCAGCAGGAUGGUGGCAGCUUUCUGGUAACAUGCUCCUAUGAUUCGACGACUAAGAUCUGGUCUAACAAGACGUGGCAACCAUUGAAGACUCUUCAAGGCCAUGACAAUAAAGUAAUUGCUGUGGAUAUAUCUCCGAAUUCUCAGUAUAUCGCAACAACUUCUUUCGAUCGCACAUUUAAGCUGUGGGCAGCCGAUAGUUAGUUUUUACUUAAAUUUUUUCUUAAUAGCAUUUGGUCUGUUGUUUCUCAAUUGUCUAACUGUUCUUCAUAGCAAUCAGACAAAUUUUGUUGGUCACAUGGAAAAUAGCCCAUUACUGAAGUUUUAUCUUUACAAAAUAGCUGUUAUUGUUAGGCGAUAUAAAUUUAAGUUUUUUGUAAAAAAAAAUAACACUGUUAAUAAAAAUCUUGUUUGGUA